UUAAGCAAAAGCUAAUUAACCACUAAAACCCCUCUCCCAUUUUUUUCCUGCUUUGUCCUCAUCUUUCAGCAUCAAACAUAACUGAGAAAUUCAAAUUCAUUCCAUUUUAAUGCCAAUUUCUUUACUCCCAAAACCAAAAUCACAUAAAAACAUUCUGCCUUUUUCCUGCUAUAGCCUUGAUUUUCUGUUCAAUUUAUCCAUUUUCUUUCUCUCUCUGACACCAAACACCUCUCUUUGAAUCCAAGUCUUCCUCAUUUGUGGAAACUCCUUCUCAUUUUCCAGUAGCCUUUGCUUUCAUCGGUAGUUACUGAUUUUGAUUCAAGAUUUGCUACCAAGCUUGCUAUCUUUUAAUUCCCCACAUUCUUAGUGCAAAAAAAGAUAGAAUCUUGGCUUUCUUAUUCUGGUUUUGUUUCUCUUUCUCUUUCUCUUCUUUCAUAAACCCACCUUCUUCUUCAUCUGCUUUUUAGCUUCACCCUUUUUAGCACUUUUUCCCCUUUUUCUUGAGUUUUAUUUUGUGGGUCUCUUGAUUUUGGUGGUUGUUGUUGUUUAGAUGAGUUCUUGAGUGUGGAGGGGCUGUGUGUGGUAAAAAAGAUGAUAUCUUUACCUCUUUUGCUCGGUUUAGGACUCUUCUUCGCAGAUUGCUUCGCAUUUCCCUCAAAUGAAGUUGAAGCUUUGACUGCUUUCAAGAGAGCUAUAUUUGAGGACCCUUUGCUGGUGCUGUCAAAUUGGAACCCUCUUGUUUCAGAUCCUUGCAAUUGGUCCGGCGUUUAUUGCUCGAACGCGGGAGACCACGUCGUAAAGAUUAAUAUAUCUGAUGCAUCUAUAAAAGGGUUUAUUGCACCGGAGUUUCACAAGCUCUCUGCCUUGCAAGAGUUACUUUUGCAUGGGAAUUUGUUGAUUGGUACCAUACCUAAGGAGAUUGGCCGGCUGACGAACCUCAGGGUGUUGGAUUUGGGGUCGAACCAGCUGACAGGCUCAAUCCCACACGAGAUUGGUAACUUAACCGGCAUCCAGAAAAUAAACCUUCAGUCCAAUGUGUUAACUGGGAAAUUGCCUUACGAACUCGGGACCCUAAGAUACCUUGAGGAGCUUCGGCUCGAUAGAAACAAGCUUCUAGGAACUAUCCCUGCUGCGAAUGGCUCUGAUUUUUCGCCUGUCAAGCAUGGAAUGUAUGCUUCGAAUACCAGCCAUUUGGGGUUUUGCGGAGCCUCCCAAUUGAAAGUAUUCGACUUAUCACACAACUUUUUCGUUGGAAGCAUUCCCGGUUGCUUGGACUACGUACCUAGAUCGAGUUUUCUCGGGAACUGCCUUCAAGAUAAGGAUCCCAAGCAGCGUCCUGCUGCGCAAUGUGGUAAUGCUUCGCCUAAUAAAACUCACACGGGAGUCAACGCGAAGCACAAGCCUAUUGAAGAUCGGCCGUCAGGACAUCAAUCGAGGAGCUCAAAACCAGUGUGGAUCUUGGUUCUUGAAAUAGUGACGGGGUUCUUGAUUGGUUCGCUCUUUGUGGUUGCUGUUUUCACCAUCGCUCACAAGUGGAAGAGACGGCCUUCGAUCAUUAUUCCGUGGAAGAAGUCUUCGAGCACAAAAGAUUACAUGACCAUGUACAUAGAUUCUGAGGCAAUGAAGGAUGUCGUGAAAUAUAGCAGAGAAGAGCUCGAGUUAGCCUGUGAGGAUUUCAGCAACAUCAUCGGUUCGUCUCCGGAUAGUGUGGUAUACAAAGGCACUGUGAAAGGCGGGCCCGAGAUUGCUGUGAUAUCUUUCUGUAUCAAAGAAGAUCAAUGGACAGGUUAUCUGGAGCUUUACUUUCAAAAAGAGGUGGCUGACUUAGCUAGAUUAAACCAUGAAAACACCGGGAAACUGCUUGGCUAUUGCAGAGAAAGCAGCCCGUUUACGAGGAUGCUGGUGUUCGAGUAUGCAUCUAACGGGACACUUCACGAACACCUUCACUAUGGGGAAGGAUGCCAGUUUUCUUGGACGCGGCGAAUGAAAAUUAUCAUCGGGAUUGCUCGGGGGCUUAAGUAUCUGCACACGCAGCUCGACCCUCCGUUUACUAUAUCGGAGUUGAAUUCUAGUUCCGUCUAUCUGACCGACGACUUCUCCCCUAAGCUCGUUGAUUUCGAAUGCUGGAAGACGAUAAUCUCGAGAUCGGAGAAGAGCUCAGGGACGAUAAGCAACGAAGGAGCGGUUUGCAUCCUUCCGAGCUCGAUGGAGGGUCGUCAUCUAGACGUGCAGGGCAACAUCUACGCGUUCGGGAUUCUCUUACUCGAGAUUGUGAGUGGAAGGCCUCCAUAUUGCAAAGAGAAAGGGUGCUUAGUCGACUGGGCAAAAGAGUUCUUAGAAAUCCCAGACGUGAUGUCGUACGUAGUGGAUCGCGAGCUGAAGCAUUUCCGAUACGAGGACCUCAAAGUGAUAUGCGAGGUGGUGAACCUGUGCAUCCAUCCUAACUCGAGCCAGAGGACGACCAUGCGGGAGCUGUGCUCAAUGUUGGAGAAUGGGAUCGACACUUCCAUAUCGGCGGAGAUGAAGUCAUCGCUGGCUUGGGCUGAGCUCGCGCUCGGCUUGUGACGGGAUCGUUCAAUCUAACACUGUACAUGUGAAAAAAGACGGGUACCCGGAUACUACUCGAAUUCUAACCUUUGGUGGUCGUGCGUGCGUGUGAUGUGUAGUCGUAGGUUUCGAGAUCCUCCGACGCGUAUGUGAGUCGUCGGGGGAUCCCUCGUGCAACGUGAAAUCGUAGAUUACGACGACGUCGUAAGUAACUUGGAAGCUCUCAUUCUUUGUAUAUUUAAGGCCUCAAAAUGAAAAGUUGGUCUACUUGCAUUAAGACAGGAGAUUUAGGUUUGAUUAUGGUCUAACAUGUUAUGACAAUGAUGUCUGUUACAAAUUGAUAUAUAGCCAACCUUACUGAAAUAAGCUUGUUUAGCUUUUCAAGAUUAA